GAAGAGAGAACACGCGGAACAUUAAAAGAGAAGAAAUAAAAUCAUUAAAUUAAAAAGCAUCGUUUACAAUUCAGGUGUGGGGUGAUUGUCCAUAGCUUUCACAUAUAGUACCCAUGUUGUAUUCUGAUAUAUUGAAGCAAUCAAAGGAAGAGUUAUUACAGCUAUUGAGAGCCAACGAAGUGCAUUUUGACGUCGGGGCUUCCAUACACCAAUUGCGCAUUGCGGCAAACACUUUGUUCAAAAUAAGCGACAAGCAUGAGGCUGGCCCGGAUGAUGAACAUGGUCAGGCACCUGCAAACAACAUUGUGUUGCAAGAUCAGGCUGUUGGCGGCAGCAUAGUUUCGCGGCACCAGACAAGCAAAAUCGUGUCUGAAGAUCAAGCUGCGGGAGGUUACACCGACAUACAAGACAAGAUAGCCCAUGCAGAACCUCUUAUGCAGCACGUAGCUCAGAUUGGACUGGAUAAACGCACGUUUCGAGCUGAUGUUUGUCGAGGAGUAGCGGGACUUCAAACAACGCUAAGCGACAUAGAGCGGAACCAAGUUGCUACAAAAAUGGCCGCAAAAUUUUCACGGGGUGAUAUCGCGGAUAUAAUGGCGGUAGUGGAGCCCUUUUCGGGAGAGGAUGACAUUCCUGUCAAAUUAUGGAUUGAAGAGUUUGAAACUGCAAAUGCAGUGUUGGGAGUACCACUCAAUCGCUAUUGGUUAUAUGCGAGGCGUCUUCUUAUUGGACCAGCAAAAAGUUACUUCGCUUAUCAAGGUGCUGCUGAUUGGGAUGCUAUGCGAACUCCGAUGAUGGAUGUUUUUGGACGUAAAAACACAAAACUGGAGAUAUAUCACAAUGGACCCAUAGAGGUCUAAGUGUGGCGGGCUAUAGUCCGACAGCCGCCCUAACCUAAUCCAUGUGCAGUACUGCACGCCAAGCUGAGUCGGAAGAUCGUGAUUUAAUUAAGCACAUUGUUGGCGGAUUAAACGACACGAGUGGUAUUAAUGCGUUUCUUUAUUUUUGCGAGAGUCUUGAUCAAUUGCGUCACCGUUUGAUAGAGUAUGAUCAAAUCCACUUAUGACUGCCAAAUUCUUACGCUGGUCGUGGUACUUCGAGCGUUCAUGAUAUGAAGCUGUUGCUGACAUAAUUGGUAAACAUUUUCUAAGUUUUAAUAUAAAUGAACUUAGAUGCACAGAAUUUAUAGUAA